AUGUCGUUUAAGCUCCCUUCUUUUUCAAAAUCGAAGGUCUCCUAUCAAGAAUUCACGAAAGGUCUUGAAACAUUUUUGUGGACUGAUCUCUCUGAUACUAGUGAGAUUGGAAGAGGUACAUUUGGCGCAGAGUUACUUGCCCCUUUGAAGAGUGAGCAAAAAACAGUAGCAGAAAAAGUCGUCGUUAAGAAAUUGCUACAAUCGUCGAGGUCUGAUGAAAAACAAAGUUUUCUGGGCACUAGUAAAACAAUGAGUUUUGUCACGAGAGUUGACAAAACAAAGAAUUAUUUGUGAAUGCUUUGACUGUAUUUAGAGGUCCCACUCGAUCAAAAAGUCAGAUCUGGCAAGUUUGAACAUUUUUCUACCUAUUAAAAUAGAAUUAUUCUCGAGCAAAAUUCGAACAUAAUAGGCUGUUUCACGAUAAUUCUAUAUCAUAAUAAUGAUCCCGACGAAUAAAUAGUUGCAAAACUAUACCUGCGCGUGCGAUCAACUGUACCCCUAGUGUUGAUCGGCAAUCACAAGUUAGUCAUGAUCAGCUACAAUUUUGCACUGAGAACAUAACCUUGAAGCAGGGAAGUAAAGCAUCAAAAGACCUGAUAAUAUAUACGUAUGUGUAUGUAUAUCAAAUUACUCUGUGAUUCCUCACUUACAAAAUAUAACCCAGUAUCAUUCGUGAUGACAAUUAAAACAUAUGUAGUUGAAACUUGAAUAUAUGAAAACGUUUUCUGAAUUGCCGUUGUUUGUAUUUUGUAAAGAUUCUGAGUGGAUUUUUCAGAAUCUUCAAUACUGUAAGUAAAAUACAUGGAAUUGAUUGUGUAAUUAUGACAUCACACCUGCAGAUAUAGCUUUCUGAAUGUAAAUAUGGCAUCAAUUCUGCCAGCAGAAAACGAGCUUCUUUACAUGCAGAACAUAUAAAGCCAUGGCCCAUGGCGAGAUUUGUUUUUCUAACUAAAAAAGAAGCGAAAUAAACGAAAUACACUAAACGAGCUUACAAACUAAGACAGAGAAAAGAGAGAGAAAUACACGGCAUUGAUAACUUUCAAUAUCACGCGAAAAAUUAUUAAUUAUUGUCGUAAUAGAUUUUUUGAAGUUUAGUAAAUUUCGUGUCCGCAUGUCCGCGUUUUCCACUUGACUUGCGUGUCCGCAUGUCCGCGUUUUCCACUUGACUUGCGUGUCCGCAUGUCCGCGUUUUCCACUUGACUUGCGUGUCCGCAUGUCCGCAUGUCCGCGUGUCCGCAUGUCCGCGUUUUCCACCUAACCCAGUUUGAGAAACUCUGGAAACACUUUAUUUGUGCCAAAACCGCGAACGAACUAUGGUAAACGAAGUUUUAGUUACAACGGGACAGUGUAAGUUGUGGAAUGAGUUGCCUCAAAAUGUACGGGCAUGCAAUUUGCUCUCUUAGUCAAUUCAAAAUAGAAAUUGAUAACUUAUAUAUUUUCUAUAUGAAACUGUCUCCCGCACGGCAAUUUUGUAAAUCAGUGGCAUAUUGUAGUAUCUUAAUAUUUGUAAAGUCUAAGUGUAAACUGUCUUUUUAUAUUUGUUCUUAAGAGGCUCCCUACAGUAGCGUGCGGGAUGUUCCCGGGACCAGUACGUGAACUAUCCCACGCAAUCGCAUGAUCAAAACAAAACAAAAAUUGACCGGGCUUUUUUUUUAAAAAACAGCCAUUUCUGAAAGGUUUCUAAUGGAAAAAAGCGUUGAAUAAUACUACGUUUUGAGUGCAAAAUCACUUGCGAGUCUAUACAGCAAUUUUACAUAAUUAUGAUAGGAAUAUCACUAAACCAAAAAAUAGCUACGAAACAAUGUUUAGUUUUUUAAAAUAUACACUGUCAACUGUAAAACAUUUGCCAAAUUGGAUACAAACGUUUAAAAAGUUGUUUACUUCUCAAGAAAACGUUCACGUUUUUAGUCGUGUUUCUACAAGAUUAAAGUGAUUUUAUAUAAACAGAAAAAUAUUUCAGUUUCAUAGCCUAAUUGUUCAUUUUUAGCAAAAAGUACAAAACCAAACAUGAAACAAAAAAACACGUCCACCUGUUAAUAGCAUAGAUAUCUUAUAUACACUAGAUAGUGCAUCUAAUUAUUCUGCAAUUCAAAAAUUGAAGCCGUGAUUGCAGACUCAGGAUAUUCCCAUGAAAUGAGAAAACUCGUAUGUUUUCUAUUUCUUAAACAGGGAACUUAAACAUUAAGUUAAACCUAUUCCAAAUACAUUUUCAAACUAUUCAAAUGAUGAAAGUUAUUGUUGCCGUUAAGCGUUUAUUAGAGAGUGCGAACUACCAACAUGGCCGCCAUCUAUUCAAAUGGGGUUAACCGCUGGAAUAUUCUUGGAUAGAUGCCUAAUCUAGUUUAUAUAAGAUAUCUAUGGUUAAUAGGCUGCUACAGCUCAUAGAUUGAGUAAACGGCAGGGUUCAACUAGCUUCAACCUUCAAGAGGUUUUGUUGUUUUCAUCGUUUGAUCCUUCACAAUAAUCCUUGGCUGUCCAUGGCACUCAAAUUAAUCGAAACCGUAGAUUUUACCGUGCUUAAAUAAAGGUUUUUGAUUGAUUGAUUUGAUUGAUUGAUUACCCAGUAAUCUUCCCUUUUCCCCAGAUGCAGUCACAGGAAGCUCGACCAACAAAGCAUAUACCGCCAUUCCACAACAUUCUUGUUGAUAACAACAAGAAGAAAUAUUUUGAUGAAGCUCUGUAUGAGUUUGUUGGAACAUAUUUACUUCCACUUCAAGAAUCCCCCUCCAGUAAUGAGCAGCGAGAUGGUGUAAUGAACUAUUCAUUGUUCCUUCUCCGUUACUAUUUUAUUAUUGUAGAUUUUAAAGAUGCUGCGCGAGAAGGAAACGAAGAGGAACUGCUCAUUCUUCACAAGCAACUACUACAGCAUUUCAAGUCAAUGCCUGGUUACAAUGCAUAUGCAAUUGAAAUGCCUAUCAGCAUUAUUCAAUUAGAAGCAUUUCUCUCACAAGCAGAAUCACAUCAGAUUAUGUGGGCUGGAACAGUUAAUUGGAAGGGAGGCAAUUCAAGGAAUAUUGAGAUUCGCCUACUUCAGGAGAACAGGAACAAGGAUCUGAAAUAUUUAAUUAAAGCCAUGGGAGCCAACAACACUACAAAUGCAAUUGAAAGAGCAAGCCGUGCAGCAGGUGGU